AUGUUGCGGUGGCUGCCACCAAACGCCAGCGGCCUCGGCGGCCGACGGCUGCUGCCUUCGAGCGGCGGCCGCGCGGGCGACCUGAUCGACACGACUCUCGGCGUCACGCUCGGCUUCUCCACACUGACCGCCGCCGCCCUCGGGAACGUGUGCUCCGACACGAGCGGCACUCUCUUUGGGGGAGUCGUCGAGACGCUGGCUGCUCGGCUGCAGCUGACGCCGGCGAACCUGUCGCCGGAGCAGCUGAAGAUGAGGAUAUCGCGGCAGUGGGCGCUGGGCGGCGCGACGGUCGGCGUCAUCUGCGGCUGCCUUCUCGGCAUGUCAACGCUCUGCUUCAUGGAUCUGGAGAAGUCGGACCGCCUCAAGAGGGCGGCGGAGCUCGACACGAUCUUCACGCACGUGGUGGAGCACGGGUACAAGCUGCUCGGCGCAGAGAGGACGGGCGACAGCGACUCGCAGCGUGUUGACGUCUUCCUUGCCUUAGCUUGCCCCACCCGGCCGCAGGACCGGCUGCUCAUCACGCUGCCCUUGGAGAAGGACUCCAUCGCCACGGCCGCCUGCAAAUCCCGCGAAAUCGUCAACGCUGCGGACGACCCUCGCUUCGACGGCUCGUGGGACGCCAAGAGCGGCUUCGUGACAAAGCAGGUGCUCGCGAUGCCGAUCCUCACUGAGGAGGGCGAGCUGAUUGGCUGCGUCGAGGCGGUCAACAAGGUCGCCGGCGGCGCCUUCACCGACGACGACGAGCGGCUGAUGCGGAUGCUAUGCGAUCAUAUCGCCGUCUUUGUCGACCACGUGCACGGUCUUUCCGAGUGACGUGCGUACUGUGGGCUACGCAGCGUUUUGCGUGCAGGGGUGGUAGGUGCUAGAUAUGACACGCACGCAAUGAAGCGGGCCAUUCCAAUCCCGGUCCAGUGAUAUGUCUUGCUCUUGGGUCUUCGCUUCGCGAGGGCCCGUAUACAGU